AACAGAAUAUUUGUAUUAUUUUCCUAAAAGUGCAGCGCGGGAAGAAAAACAAAGCAGAGGAUUGUUGGCGGGAGUAGAGCAAAGCAGAGCAGCGCAACAAACGAGUAUCAGCAUUAACAGGGAAAAGAUCUGGGAGAAAAACAGCCCAAAUGGAUCAGAAGUCGGCCAUGAAAAAGCAUACACGGAGCACAAGGAAAGAAAAACCUCCGGUCUCGAAAAACUCACCAAGUUCUCACACAAAAAUGCAGUCUGUUUUGGGCUUUCCUUGCAAGAAACCUGUACGCCUCAGUCCCACAUUGUUCCCCAAAUCUUGCAGCUCUGCUAAACACCUGACUAAUACCCCUGCUAAAACUCCUAUAUCUUUGGACAUUCUCACGCCCGAGAGGAAAUGCACUCCCCCUUCUUCAGCAGCCAAGAGCAAAGGCAAGCGAUUUGCUAAGUCUCUGAAGGAUGUCAUCGAAGAGGCCAAGAAAUUACAGGCCGAUGCACAUUCUGAACAAUCCCCAUUGCACGAAGAGGGCAAUGAUCAAGAUCAGGACCGGGUCUCUGUUAAAAUGGAAGCUAAAACCCCGAAGGCUGCAGAUUUUAAGCUUCCAGAGAAGUAUUCUGGCUUGGGGGAGUUUUUUGAUGCCAUGGAGGCUGCUAUCAGAUUGCUCCGACUCCGUAAGACAAUCAGCACAUUUGGCAACAUCUGUCCCCAGGUGGAAACCAUGACACACAGGCGGUUUAUGCAUGCACAUGUGGCACAGAUGAAGUACAUUUUGCCAGAAGCGCUGUUGCUUGAGAAGAUUAUGGUUCACGAUGAGAAAACGCUCUGCAUGAAGGCGGACCUAAAAAUCUCUCUCUUGCAUGAUGCAUUAAAUAGUGCUGAAGGUGGACAGGUUUUUAUAUCUGCCUCUAAAGUUAAUACAUCAAUUUUGCGGAAGACAUUUCAUACACGCCUUGAGGAAUUUGCACAAUUACAUCCCGAGGGUGAUGAUGUUCCAGAAGAAAUGUUGCCAGAACCUUUCAAUAAAAAAUGCCAGCUCACUCCUGCAAAGCUUAACAUUUUGGUUUCCCCACUAAGCUGUACUCCUAAUCCUACUCCAGUGCAUGAGGAGGUCAUGCCUUGCCUUUUGCCCAACAGCUUCCAGAGGCGUUUUUCACAGAGAACCCUUACAGCCCAAGCAUCUGACAAGGUAGAUUCAAACAUUGGUUAUGAUCAAUCUAAGACUCCUUGUAAGGUGUCUGCCACUAAGAAUGCUGCUGAGGAAAAUACACCCUGCAAAACAGGCCAAGUGUUUGAUAACACAAAUUCUACCAUGAAUGAAGGUUGUCUUUUGCCCAACAGCUUCCAGAGGCGUUUUUCACAGAGAACCCUUACAGCGCAAGCAUCUAACAAGGUAGAUUCAAACAUUGGUUAUGAUCAAUCUGAGACUCCUUGUAAGGUGUCUGCCACUAAGAAUGCUGCUGAAGAAAAUACACCCUGCAAAACAGUUCAAGUGUUUGAGAACACAAAUUCUACCAUGAAUGAAGGUUGUCUUUUGCCCAAAAGCUUUCAGAGGCGUUUUUCACAGAGAACCCUUACAGCCCAAGCAUCUGACAAGGUAGAUUCACACAUUGCUUCUGAUCAAUCUGAGACUCCUUGUAAGGUGUCUGCCACUAAGAUUUCUGCUGCAGAAAAUACACCUUGCAAAACAGUCCAAGUGUUUGAGAACACAAAUUCUACCAUGAGUAAAGGUUGUUUUUCGCCCACAACACCGGGAGUUGCCCCUGAUUCUACUCCCCAAAAAACAUUUUCUGUUGUCUCCUCUGCUCACAAUACUCCUGCAGCUAGGACCCUGUUGAAUUCUAGUAAUAAGAAUUCCAUCAGUAGAAGGUCUCUCCGUUUUGAGCAUGUUCCAAAUUCACCAGAUGUUACCGCUCAUGAUUUGUCUCCCAAAUCUAACAGUUUUGCUUCUCCAGAUUCUUCACGUGUUUCUCAAUUCUCCGGGCAGAAGUCUGAAAUUUCUAAGGUCAGAAGAGCAGUAAUGUUCAAAAAAUCAAACAAAAGUUCUCCUGUUUCUAUUGGUAAGGAUUCUUCAAUCCGUUCAAAUGAUUUGAAAAGAAAGGCAGUCAUGUUUCCAUCUACAGACACCUCUGUGCUCUCUACGCCUGGCAAGCUUGAGGGAAUGGAAAGUUGUGCCGAUACCAUCGAGCACUCUCCCUCGAGGGUGGUUUCAACCAAUAAAUCCAUCUACUCUUUCCUGUCUCCAUCAAAAACUUUUAGCUUGGAGAAAACUGAGGGCGAGAAAACUCCGGAGGAAGUCUUCCUUAGCACUCCACCCUUGCACCCUCGCAAGAAACAUAGACUUAAUGCAACUGAGCGAAUUACAAAAAUAAAAGCAACCCAGUCUUGCCCUCAAACAUUCCCACCAAGCUUCCAAUCUCCAACAAGAAGUAAUAUUGAUCCUUGCAAGGCAGAUGUUGAUAGAGAAUCUGAUGCUUCAAAUAAACCUGAGAAUGGAAGCGUCAGUAUUCAGGGGUUGUGUUCGAAGGGACUUGAUGUAAUGAACCAAUCAGAAUGGGAAAUUCUUCAGACACUUUCCCCAAAAUUGGUGCAUGAGGUUCAUGAGAGAGAACGAAAAAAUCGAGAUGGUGGAUUGGGUGCAUUGGCUGCUAAGAGGCGUCAGCAGACGCUUGCAUGCUUGCCCAAACUCUUUAACAUGAUACGUGAUAUAUUUCGUUCAAGCAAGCGCUCUGUCCUCACACAGGAAGAGCUUAUUCACAAAAUAAUAUCAAAUAAUUGUAAUGUUACUGAUAGAAGUGAAGUUGAGGAGCAGCUGCUGCUGCUCCAAGAAUUAGCACCAGAGUGGAUUUCUGGAAGGACGGCUAUGAGUGGUGAUUUUCUUUACAGCAUUAAAAACAAUAUCGAUUUGCAGACCAUUCGUACGAAACUCGUGAGUGCCCUGUGAAUAGCAAAAAUCAUGCUGGAAAAGCACCUGGAUUACAUAUAGUCUUAUGUAAUUUUAAGUAAAUCUAUAAUAUAAUACACGUGGCUCCACUGCAACAUUCUUUUUUGUUUUUUCCAGCUACUGCUGGAUCUUCAGCAGUAAACCAAUCUUUUAAGUUAUUUUAGAUGCUGCUCCAGCUUGAUCACAUAUUUGCAUUCACCAUUGAAUUCCAUAAUGAAAAAUUUGCCAGCAUUCUGGGAUUUUAUUCCGUCUUUGGUUCUAUAUGUUUUAAUGUUAUUUUACUGAGAAUUUGUGGGUAAAGGAAUAAUAGGGAAUAUCUUAUGAUAAAACUAAUGUGAGUAAAUUUUUUAGAAGUGUUUUUU